GGAAGUUGGCGAUACAGAUACCAACAAUAGAGCAGCCAGCGGAUUAUUCAAGAAAGCGGUCUCCGCGGACCAAGGCGCGCAUGAUCCAAGAGAUCAGGAACUACAUCGCAGCGUCCGACGACGAAAGUGACGAAGUACGAGACGAGACUGAGAAGUUGGUUGAGGCAUUAGAGAAGCGGAAGAGGAAGAAUAAGAAGAAAUCACCAAUCGUAAGUAAGACUACGAGUCGGACGGUGAGGAAGAAGACUGCGCAGCGGAAGGGGAAAGCACAAGUGACGGAUGAGGACGACAACGGCGGAGGUUUCUUGACUCCUAAGAAGGUGGGCCCUGCGGGAGGCUCGAGUGAGGAAUUGAUCGAGUAUGCACUCUCGCAGACACACGCCCUGAGUACCAUGAAAGCGACAGAGCUUCGCAGGAUCUGCGAUCAGGAGGGAGUUAAGUGGAUAAUCACACGCUGGGCGGAGCAUAUUAGGUGCUCGAAGACGGGUGGGGUUGGGAAUGCGCCGAAGUUGAAUUCGUGGCUGAGAUUCUAUGGAUGGAACAAAUACAUAGUGUUGCCAUUAGUGACGGGAGUUGAGGACGGGCUAGUAGUUGAAAGAUCUAUGAUUCACAGGUUCUCGUCUGUUCUUAACACGAUUGGGUGUGUGAGGACACGACCGAAGAAGCGACGGAAGGGGAGACAGAGAGGGAAAAAAGAUGAUAGGGAUGGUGGAAUAGUCCUUUUCCGGUAUGAGGCGAAAUCGUACGCGUCCCUGACAGAUCUCUUAGACAGUAUCAAGGGGAAGCAAGAAGUGAGACUGACCUCAGAAGCGGGAAGGGUAUGGGUCGGCUCAUGGAAGAAGUUGCGGGAGAAAUACGGACAGACUUAUAUCCUCAUUGGGCAGACUCGGAAGAAGUUGUGGGAAGCUAAGAGGGAUCUUGAAGCAAGCUGUGUGUUUAGGAUAGUCAAUCUGGUUGCAACCUCGACUAGCACGCAGCGGAACAAGCGCUUUCUACGAGAUACUCUGAUGCAACCUUGGCGGGUCCGCACCAUGUACAAGCUAUCGAGUAGGAAGCUCGUAGCCUUUUACAGAACGGCGGGCUUGUUCUCGAGCAACACUACACGAAACUGUUUGAAGAACCAGAUCUCGCGUGUAUUGAAGCAGAAGUUUGGGGUCGAGGUGAGAAGGAGAUUGUACGUGAAGUUUCCGUAUUCGGUCCAGGUGAAUCAGAGUGCUGUUAGGGACCUCAUGACGAAGGUGAUUACUAUAUCCGUACCUGAUGAAGCCAUUCGCACUCUCGUCAUAGAGAGGAUGAGGAUGGUGAAGACGAAGGGCAGGACGGUUGCCAACAUCAUCCACAACUACAAGAAGAAGCUGCAGAAUGGCGAGGAGGGAUGCACGUGUUCAACGUUGUCGCUACAGCGGUUUCAGGGACACGUGCGGACGAGACUGGAAGAGGUGCGAGGCGUACAUCGGUUCGUUCUCAAUUCAAGGAAUGUCACAUGCGGCAGGGCCGUAAACACAUUGGAACUCCUGGAGGCCAUCAUCAAGGUGAUACCGAAGACAUGGAGGAACAAUCUGCUACAACUGUCAGACGCAGAUGUCCGGAGAUGUGUCAAUGAGCAGAUGGCAUUGCCAUCUGCGCUGACCGAGCAGGAGGUCGCCCGCAACGUGCGCGACAUACACUCUCUAGUCCUGGUGCCGUUGGAUAGGAAUCCAGGCGCGACUUUGGUAAUAUGUCCAGUGUUGUACUUCCAUGGCUUCCGCAUGACGUUCAGUUGGAAUCCCGGCUUCGUAAAUAAGACGCAGAAGGAAGAGCGGGUAUUAGCAGAGUCGAAAGCUGCGUACAAAGAAGCCGGACUCCUGCAUGGGACGCCCGAUCCUCGUUACAGCGUCGAUCGAUCUCCAUGUGCAGCGCAGGGGUUGUUGGGCAUUUCACCGCACAGCGGUGGUCCGGAGGUCCGGUUGGGGAAAAGGCGUCGCGGUACCGUUUCGCAUGCGACUGGCAGCGUCGUUGGCCCGGGCGUGACACCCAUUUCGCCUUUCGCUGGUGUGUUGGGGGCUUCUCCGCCGGGUGUGGCCGGGGUUCGUGACGCGGCCGCGUAUGGAGGUGUGUAUGGUGGUCCGUUGCUGCCUAGACGGCUGGACUAUGCGGCCACGAUUCCUUUAGCACCUGCAUGGUCACAUGUGGUGGUCCCGCCAUGUCCCACUGGACGCGGUUCUCUUUCAAGAGAUCGCAGCGACGCUUGGCGUUGUCCAACCGUUUCACGUCCAGGAGUCGUCGGCGCGGCGGCGGGUUCGUUUGCGGUGCCGCCUCAGGCUCCCUUUGUCGCUCCUGAUUCCACACCUUUGGUUGACGAUGUGGAUAGCUCUGCGGCAGUCGGCGGCACGCCGUGUUCGGGCGGCAACAGCAUCGUGUGUGUGUGUGUGCGGGACGCGUGUCGGAGGCGGUUGUACGCUCUCCGCGACGCUAUGGCCGGUGUGCGUGACCAUCGCGGACCGGUCAGCGACGUUAUUGAUCGGCUGCUCCACUGGUCCUUGCCAGCCAUCCAUGCGGAGUUUGGUGUCGAGGUAGCAAAUGUGAUUUCUUCUUCGUUGCCAUCUCGGGUAUGCAGUCGAGAUUUCACGUUGCGUUAUAUGCCAGGCGAUUCCGGUGUCGACUACGGUCAGGGGGGUUCGCAGGGUUCAGCGAGUGGAGGGUUGGGGGAGUCUCAUGACGGAUCGCAGAACUCGUUCCCGUCAUCGCGUCGCGCAUCGCAGCGCAGUGACAGAGGGCGCGACACAACCUGCAGCGCGGGUCACUGCACACCGACACCUGCCCGACCGCAGACAUGGUGGGAUAGUUGGGAAGGUCUCUGUAAGCUGACGUUCGUAUGCGGCAAGAAAUGCAAAUGGAUGAAGCAUACGACACUCGUGACCAUGAACGUCCAUCAGUCGCGAGUGAUGCAGCAGCUCUUUCAUGCGACGGUCACCGCCGGCGUUACGUUCACGCUCCUCGAUAACUUUUGUGUUAGUUUAGGGAUGUGCUCGGUGCACAAACCCACAUUCUACAAGUUUAUGCGCAUAGAACCGGGGGGGGCGGAGCGGUGGAAUGCCAAGGUCGUACGGCAGGGCAUAAAAUAUUGCGAGCUUGUCAUUGAUAUUGUGAUGCGCCGUGGUGAGCCAGUGACAUUGAUGGUUGAUGGUCGAUAUGACUCUGCCAGAGGCGCGCAACAUUGCACUGUCACCGCGAUGGAGUAUGGGACUCGGCUUGUCGUAGGUGUUCACACUUUCCGUCCGAAGAUUGAAGGCAAGGCAUCGAAUGCGCUUGAGGUGCCAGCCCUCGUGCAACUUUUGCGAGGGCUGAUGGAGAAGGGGUUGAAGAUCCGGUGUGUUGUCUCGGAUGAUUGUGCCGCGUUGGGACCGCAGUUGCGAGCUAUGAACAUCGAGUGGCCGAAGGAUUGCCACCACAAAAUAAAAAACAUUCGCAAGCACUUCCACAGUAUGCUGCAACUGAAGGAAGCGAAGAAAGUGAGCAACCCGCACGAGUGUGUGUCAGAGGCGCAGUUUAUGCAGCUCACGAACAAGCGGCUAAAAGAGGCGUUGGAGCAGCGUUUUGGAUCUGACAUCCUCACACCUGCUGAGGAGCGGAUGAUGAAAUCGGAUUUCGUCGCUGUCGUCAUGCGAAAGAUGUACCCCUACGGAUCGAUGUCGAACGCUCGAGCGUUGGAGACUGAUCUAGACGGCUUGACAGAGUAUCAUGCGCAUGAGGUUGGGAUAUGGUUCCUCCGUGCUUGCCAGCUGUAUAGCGAGGAGGACGGAGACGCCGACAGUCUACACGUCGACAUUAUGUUGGUCGCCAAUCAUUGGGCUGGUGAUCAUUUGGGAUGUGUCGACGGUAGGGAGGUUCUGUGCGAGAAGCACUAACAUCACGUCGUACCACGUCG